AUGCCCCGUGGUGCAGACUUCGACGACGGUGUCCCACGUUCCGAUAAUGCCAUCGAACCAGGCCAUAACGUUACUCAUGGCGCUGGCUCAGAGUCCACCUCCGAAGGUGUCGACCGCUCCAACAAAGCUGCUCCACUCCCUGAAGGCACCUCUGAGAUGAAAGACCAUCACUGGUACAGCGGCAUGGGCAGUCGUGGGCAUCCGGAAUCUGGAAGUGGGAAGGGAGGACAUGAGCCGAAAACGCUGGGCGAGCAGAAGGGGUUGGGUGCCAAGAAGACGUCGGAAAAAGCUGACGUUGCACCGGAGCUGCCAUCGGUGAAUCGGUUAGGUUGA